GGCACAGAAGGAGCCUCAAAGGCCCCCAAAAGCACUCAGAAAGGCGUCAGCGAAAGUAGCACCAGCCUCAGAGGUGCUUCAGAUGGCAUCAAAGGACUGAAGAGGAAAAAAGUGGUGGCAGAAAACCAGCUGAAGAAAAUACCCAAGUCUCCGGUAAAGAAGCCCUCACACACCAAGAACCCGGUGCCCACACCUGGCACUGCCACCGCCACUGCCACUGCCACUGCCACUGCUCACAUCUCCAACGCCCCCCCAAGGGGAGGUUCUCCCUCGAGUACCAGCUCCAGCUCGUCGCCCAGCUCUUUCCCCAACAGCCCCUCCUGCUCCCUGGACUCCUCCCAGCACCACCGGGACACAGACGAUGGACCGCAGCAGCAGGAGUCGCCAUCUCCCCAUAAAGUAACGGCGGAGGAGGAGGGAGACGAAGCAUCGUCCUUCACCGAGCUGCCGCCGCCUCAGGACCCGCAGGCUUGCAGCAGCAAGAAUAAAUCAAACUCUCACGAUUCCUCUACCGAGAGCUGGGGUGUGAAACUGGACAGCGAAGGCACGUCUACUGCGCACACGAGUGCUCCCCUUGACGUGUUGCUCAAGGCUAUGGAGCCCGACUUCAACACGCUGACCGAGAGGACAGUAGAGAAGCUGGGGGCGUCUGUUGUCAGUCAUUCUGGAGUACCCGCAGCUAUGCCGGCCGUCAAAUACGGCCUGCCACCUCAGCCUGGGCUAAUGCAGCCAUAUGAUGCGGCCAAACAGUUCUACCCUGGCACCCAUGUCACCCCGCAGGCGGGUGUGCCAGGCGCCAAACAGCACCCGGCAGCUCACAUGCGACCAACCUCCCAGCACUUCAUGGCAUUACCUGCCAGCGGCCACCAGCCUACUAAGCCAGCUCUUCACAAAGGCUGUGGUGCAGGGCAGUCCACCGCCAUGACCCACGCCCCCAUUCCCUCUGGCUCCGGCGGGCUUCCCCAGAGCCAGCCUCCUGUGGUGCAAACAUGCCAGUCGCUCUCGGCCAGUGUCCCCAGCACCAUCCAGGUCCCCGUCACGCCAGGGUACAACCCCGUGCAGAUGGCCACAGUGGUCAACUUUGGCAGCUUGGAACAAGUCUGCAGCAUCACAGCGAAAGACCAGAAGCCUAAAAAACAAGGCAAAUAUGUCUGCGAAUACUGUAAUAGGGCCUGCGCCAAACCCAGUGUGCUGUUAAAACAUAUCCGAUCCCAUACCGGGGAGAGGCCCUAUCCUUGUGUUACUUGUGGGUUUUCGUUUAAGACUAAGAGCAAUUUGUACAAGCAUAAGAAGUCCCAUGCACACGCCAUAAAACUAGGACUCACGGUUAGGUCGGACUCCCAGUCUCAGUCACAGGAGUCUGACAAGGGGCUCGGGGGGCAUUCAGAUGUUGACGAAAGUGGGGAGAGUGACGAAGAGGGCAGCACGGCCGAUCUCGACACCGACGCCUCGCAGAGCAGCGCCACAGCCUUGUCUGAGAGUAGUCUUCUGAGCUUGGGCAUGGUUCAGGGAAGUCAAGGUGAGUCGGACCCUCCUGUGGUGUUCGAGACCCUGAAACCUGUAAGCAGUCAAAAGGGCGUUGAGCCCAAGGUGUCGGCACCCCUCCCCAAGGUGGUGGUGUACUCCGUAAACGUCUCUCCGCUUCGGGCAGACAGCCCCAGAGCGACUGACUUAACACCCGAGCAGGCAACUGCCCAGCGGCAAAGAGAGUUCCAGGUGGCCAGGUCAAAUAUCACAGUCUUGUCCUCCCUGAAAGAGGUAGAUUGCUCCAGCCCCUUGCAGGACUCCAUUAGUGAGGACGAGGAUCCACAGGGGAAGUCACCCGGGGUAGGCCAUGCCCAGUUGCAGAGGCAACAGGCCACGGAUUGCUCCCAGCAGCAACAGGGCAAGUGUCUGCUGAGUCCGCGUAGUUUGGGCAGCACCGAUUCGGGGUACUUCUCGCGCUCUGAAAGUGCAGAUCAAGCCAUGAGUCCACCGAGUCCCUUUGUGAAGAUAACUCCCCCGGCAGAAGCUGAUGUCACCAAAAAUCUCCUGACUAAUCCCGCAGCCAUCACAGCGCCAAUUAUGCAUGUAACUGCUGUUGAAAAGACACACAUACUGGAGGGGCAAAUGCGACCUCCGUUGGACUCUAGAACCCUCUCUCUAGAAGAGCGCAUCUCAAAGUUAAUAUCCGACAAUGAAGCUGUCGUUGAUGACAAGCAGCUGGACAGUGUUAAGCCGAGGCGGACCUCUCUGUCACGACGGGGGAGCAUAGAUUCCCCCAAAUCGUACAUAUUCAAAGACUCCUUCCAGUUCGACCUGAAACCCUUCGUAAGAAGAUCGAGUUCCAGUUCGGACAUCCCAAAGUCACCUUAUACCCCGACAGAAAAAUCCAAGCCAGUGUUUCUUCUCUCCGUUCCUCCCCAGUAUCCACAUAUGGACUGUUUACCGAUAACAAGAAGUAAUUCUAUGCCCACAACUCCAGGACAUUCAGGGCUUCCCCCCAAUGUCCCUCCUCAGCCCCAUCCAUUGAGAAUCUGCCAUUCGUUUGACGACAAAAUCAGCUCUUUCAACGAUGACGUCUUUUCAUCCACACCAUCCACACCCUAUCCUGCAGUGCAUCCACGCACCCUGGUGAGACAGAUAGCAGUUGAGGAUUCGUCCACAAGCGAGGGACAUGGAUUGCCCACUGUCCGCUCCAUGGAGGAGGCUUAUCAUGGACCAAGCAUUUUAACAGAGAUGCAGAGGAGCAAGUCCUUUGAGCACGGAAACAGGAAGCCUCAACAGAACAAAGGGACAAUGUUCGAGUGUGAAACUUGCCGUAACCGGUACAGGAAAAGGGAGAACUUUGAGAAUCACAAGAAGUUUUACUGCUCCGAGUUGCACGGUCCAAAAAACAAGCCCAUUCCUGUCAGAGAGCCAGAGUCGGAUGUGUUUGUGCAGAGUGUUCCGCCCCUGAUGACAAGAACAGUCUGUCACUCAGGGAAUAUUGAGCAAUCGUCAAUGAUCAGAAAACGGAGAAAAAUGAAAAGUUUUGGGGAUGACGACGAUCAGUCUCCAACUGACAAAAAUCCACCUUGUUCUAGAAGUUUCGAUUCCUGUCAGAUGUCCUCUAGAGUAGUAAGUAGUAGUCAGUUUCCCCAGAGAGCCGUGCUCGUCAACCUGCAACCUGCCAACAACACAGGGCCGGUUCCUCCAAUUCAACUCAUGGCAAGAGUGGCAGAGACACCAGAGUCCAGGCUGUCUCCAGCAAGAGACAACAAUAUUAGCACCUCCACCAAAGACAGAGGUGAGAUGCAGCGACAAGGCAGUGGCACAUCUGUCAUACGGCACACCAACUCUCUGAGCAGGCCAAAUUCAUUUGAAACAUACGAGAGUAUCGAUCUGUCCUCUCCGGUUGAUUCUUCGACAAAGGACAUGCAAGGGGCAGUCAUCUCAAGCACUGAAUCCUCGGCUAACACUGCAUUGCAGAAUUACCACAAAGAAAUGUCGAUACCCAAGGUUUCGAGUCAAGAAAAAUAUAUCGCUGACACCCCUAAGGAACAUGCACCAGCGGUAGACAGUGAGAGUUCUGCCCCAACUCAACAGUCAAGGCUGGUCCGUCAAAACAACAUCCAAGUUCCUGAAAUUUUGGUCACGGAGGAACCAGAUCGGGAACAUGAGAGUCAGGUAUCAGACAAGGUAUCGGUGGAGAAACCUGCAGACACUUUUAACUGGCCUCAGCGGAGCGAGAGUCUGUCCAAGUUGCCGACGGAGAAGUUGCCGCCCAAGAAGAAAAGGAUCCGGCUGGCUCAGAUGGAGCACUCUUCGGGUGAAUCCAGCUUCGAGUCCUCGCUCUCCAGAAGCCUUAGCAGAGACAGCAGUCUCUCGCGAUGUUCGAGCAUCUCGGCCUCGUUUGAAAGGGACGAGCCACCCAGAGCUGAUAGUCCUUCCAGGGAAAGUGUCACCAAACCUCCAGACGUUCAAGGACCACCUGUAGCGUGCAACACACUCAGCGUCCCAGUCAUGAUGAGACGAGCUGCCUCGGAACAGAUAAGCUGCACCCAACCGUCCAUUGCGAUUUCCUGUGACUACCGCAGCAAGUCCUUUGACUGCAGCAGUAUGUCUCCCAACCGGUCCCCCUCUCCCUUGGACACCGCUAUGCCCAAGAGUGCCCAGCCUGCAACAACUGCACAGGUACCCCUUAUUGAAAGAAGAAGAGGACCUCUUGUUCGUCAAAUGUCCCUGAAAAUUGGACCAGAGAGUCAGCAAUUUGUUGGAAAGCAGCAUACUGUUUCUCUUCAGAGGGCUCCUCCUUCAAAUAUCGUUUCUGUUCCUCAACACAGGCCUCCAAUGAUCAACAGGGCCAGUUUAACUCAGCCUUUUGUUUUACAUUCUGGAGAACCACCUCCGCCACAGAAGAACGAACACGUGGUCCAAAGCAUUAACUUGGGCACUCAAACUCAGCAUCCACAAGUUCAUGGACUUCCCCAUCCAUGGCAUCAAACCUCAAGAGUUGUUGCAAUCCAAAAGGUGCUACCUGCAGCCCAAAUCAUUCCCUGUCAAACAGAUUUGGACAGCAAGCCUGCCGAAACACAGAAGAGUCUUGUCCCCAAGUAUCAGCUUCAGUAUCCGGUUUUGAAAAGUCAAACAUACUCUUUCUCUGGUCCACAGGGAACGCAGGUGGCCUUGCCUGUAAUAACGAUACGGAUCGGCAACGAGAUUGAAAGUGUUUCCAAGGCAGCUGAGGGAAUACAGAAUGUAUACGUUGCACAGAAGAAUCUUCAGGGAACGAGCAAUAAGGCAUCCAUUGUUUUACCUCUUGGCAUCCAAGGAGACGCACCUUCACAGAACCAAUCAGGAUCAGCGCCAGUGCCACAGAUCCUGAUAACUCACGAGCAGAUUUACCCUGCUUGCAGUAUGGCUUGCAAAACCAACAUCUCCACCAUGAAUAUUGCUGCCAUUCACAAUAAAGCGGGACUAGAUGCUCACACCGAGAAACCGCAAGUUCAAGUACAGCCAGGGGCAAACACACAGAGCCAUACCAGCGAUAAUCGUAACAACCCAUCUCUCGGCUCUUUGCACUGUACCCAGAAGAUGGCGUCCGUUAACCUCUGCCCGCAACAGGAGCCCACUGCCUCCAGCAAGCGCAUGCUUUCCCCUGCCAACAGCCUGGACAUUGCCAUGGAGAAACACCAGAAACGGGCAAAAGACGAGCAUGGAGCAGCGUGCCAGCCGACCGAUGGCAGGUCCCUCAGUUAUCUCAAUUCCAAGAUGGCGGAGGUGACUCGCCAACGGAAGCUAACGCUCGUCAGACAGGUCUGCACCACUGAACCUGUAGACAGUCCCAUUGAAACUGAAGCCCCGCAACACUUGGAGAAGCUGGACCCUGGCAAAGACUUCCAGGUGCCUGAUACCGGCAGCGCAACAACAACUGAGACGACUGCGCAGAUGCAGGACGACAAGCCGCCAUCUCCAACAGACCAUCCGAUGCAGAGCCCUGUUAGUCGCACCUCCCCAGGGGUCCAGAGCUAUCCAGUCCCUGCCAACGCUACCCUGAAGCCACAGGACAAGCCGGAAGAGCUGCAGCGCUGGUCUUCACACAAGUCCCCCCUGAGGCCUUCCUCUUUCCAAGGACAGGUGAAACUGGCCUCGUCCGUGUCUGUCGUCAACACCCGGGACAGUCACCGCCUGUCUUUCCCCAGUCUGAAAACGGCCACGACGUUCACCUGGUGCUACCUCAUCAAGAGGAAGCCACUGCAUAUUCCUCAGACAGACCAAAGGAUCUCUGCAUACUCGACCUGGCCAGUCAGCAAGAACAACCCCAACCCGCUGGGCCUACCCACCAAAAUAGUCAUGUCUCUAUUCGAUUCAAAGCAAAAGGCUAAGAAAAUACACUACACCCAAGCGAUAACCACAAGUUUGAAGUCUGACAUAUUGACAUACUCCAGCAAGCUGAAGGACGUUAUGCCCAAGGUCAUGCUCGCACAGAAGUCCCUCUCCACGGAGGGCAAGAGUAAAGCACGACCCGAAUCUCGACCCCCCAACGAGGGUGACAGGGAGUCCCUAGCUAAAGCAGAGCCCAGACGGAUCAAAAUAUUUGAUGGAGGGUACAAAUCCAAUGAGGAGUAUGUGUAUGUGCGCGGCCGGGGCCGUGGGAAGUACAUCUGUGAAGAGUGUGGGAUUCGCUGCAAGAAGCCAAGCAUGCUUCGCAAACACAUCCGCACCCACUCAGACGUCCGCCCUUACCACUGCGCCCACUGCAACUUCUCUUUCAAGACUAAAGGCAAUCUGACGAAACACAUGAAGUCUAAAGCCCACAGUAAGAAGUGCUUGGAGAUGGGAGUAUCCGUGGGUUUGAUCGAAGACCAGGAUGCGGAGGAUUCAGGAGACCGAGGAAGAGGAAGCAGUGCCGACCGUCCCGACUCUGACGGUGACGACUCGGAUGGUCCGGAAGACGAGGACAACGACGGCGAGGAGGAGGACGAGGAGGACAGCCAGGCGGAGUCGGGUCUCUCCGCCACGCCCUCCGUCUCCGCCAGCCCCCAGCACUUCAGCACUGACGUGGCGCCCAGCUCGCUCCUGGCACAGAUGUCCAUCAGCUCGUGCCAACCGCCGCCCCACGCCCUCCCUCCGACCCAACACCUGCCCCACACCCACUGCGCCGCCCCCGACCUCGACUCUGUGCCCAUGCUUAGCCCUCUGUCCCCCAGCAAGCAGAUGUCCAUCUCCACGCUGAUCCCCUGCUCGAGCCCCACCUCAGUCCCCCCCCCCUUCGCCCGAUACCCCCUCGCCAUCGCCUCUGCCAUCGCCACCACCUGCGUCACCUACUCCUCCUCCUCCUCCGACCCCCAUGGCUCCGACAGUGAGUCCGUUCACAUGAUGAGCCCCGUGUCGCCCUGCAGGCAGAUGUCCAUCGACUACCCCGACUUUGAUGUGCCCCCUAGUCCCCCGGCUCCAGGCAAGGGCUCCAAGCUCGGCCAGGAUGCCAGUGCCCGUCCUCCCCCCGUGCCCUCGAGCGAGUCCGGAGUACCUGUGGAUCGCGGAACCCAGACUUCCUCCUUCGCCCACCACGGCUCCCUCCACUACCCCUCGCAGGGUCCCCUGUCCCUCCUGGGGGAGCCCCUGGCGCACACCCACCUCUUCAGCCAUCUGCCCCUGCACUCCCAGCAGCCCUCGCGCUCCCCUUACAGCAUGGUGCCCGUAGGCGGCAUCCAGCUGGUGCCCGCAGGCCUGGCAGCCUACUCCACCUUUGUGCCCAUCCAGGCCGGCCCAGUCCAGCUCACCAUCCCGGCCUUGAGCGUCAUCCACCGCAACACCAGCCCGCUCCCUGCGCUGCUGGGGUGCGAUCCAGGCUCGGGCACUGCCACCAGCCCGGCGCGGCCCGGCAGUUCCCCCACCGCCCAGCACCCACUGGUGGUCCAUGAGAGUGUGGGCAACAUGCUGCCAUGCUUCCCGCUGAGCCAGAUGGCAGGCAUUAGGACCGGGGGGCCUCGGACCACACUGCAGCAGGUCGGGCUGGAGGCCCUCGGCGUGAUGGGCCUGGCCAACUCGGGCCUCGCGCCGACCCAAUUGCUCCAGCAGCAGAACCUGGCGCUCAACGCCUCCCUGGGCGUGCAGGUCCUGGCCGCCAGCCCCGCGGUGCAGUCCAGCCAGGUGCCCCAGGCUCACAUCCCGGGCCUCCAGAUCCUCAACAUCGCCCUGCCAGCACUCAUACCCUCCCUCAGCCCCCUGUCCACCCUCAGCCCCCUCCCGUCUGCCCCUGACAGGCCUUGGCACCUGGAGGCGUCGGCAGGGCUGGGUCUGGGUCCGUCCCGGAGUCCGUCUGUUUGCGCCAUUGCUGACUCCACGCCGCCGGUCCUGACUCUAUCGGCCAGUCCUCCAGUGGCGGUGUCCACAGCCCCGAUGGCGCCCGUUGUCGUAGCGACCCACGCCCCAAAAGGCGCCUCGCCCUGCAGGCCUAGCCUGGGGUCGCGGUGCGCGGGGGGUGGCGGCGGCGCCCAGUCUGCCUGCACCUCCGAGAGGAAGGGCAGGUCUCCAACCAACCAGACCCUCUCCUCCCCUGACUCUUUUGAUGGUGCCUCGCAAAUAGCCCCAGCUGCCACCACCACCACAGGGGGCACUAGUGAGGCUCGGCCUCCUCACAAGCACACUAGUCCCAGGCCACCAGCCCUGGCCGAUGACUGCAGCGAAGCCUCCAGUGAUGACGAGGACCGACUAGUCAUCGCCACCUGAAUGUCUGAAAUGAAAUGUUCUUCUCUUAUUCUUACUCUUUGUCUCUCUUUAAUCUCUCUCUCUCUCGCUCUCUCUC